AUGCCUGAGAGAGACUCUGUCUCUUGGACUACAAUGAUGUCUGGCCAUUUUAAUAAAGGGCAACCAGUGGAUGCAAUUAAAGUUUUUGCUGCAAUGGUUCAGAAUUGUGAGAGUUUUUCCGACCCAUUUUCCUUCUCUUGCGUAAUGAAGGCUUGUGGUAGUCUUGGCAACAUCAAAUUGGCUCUUCAGUUGCAUAGUCUUGUGGAGAAGUUAGAAUUUGGAAACAACAUGACUAUUCAAAAUUCGAUUAUCGAUAUGUACAUUAAGUGUGGUGCAUUGAGUUGUGCUGAGAAAAUGUUUUUGAGGAUCCCAAGUCCUAGUUUGUUUUGUUGGAACAGUAUGAUCUUUGGUUACUCUAAACUUUAUGGGGUUCAAAGGGCUCUUCAUAUGUUUUUUCAAAUGCCUGAACGUGACUGUGUGUCUUGGAACACCAUAAUUUCAAUCUUUUCUCAGCAUGGGUUUGGGAUUCAGAGUCUCAGUAUGUUUGUUGAGAUGUGGAACCAAGGUUUUAGACCAAAUUCUAUGAUAUAUGCCACCGUACUUAGUGCAUGUGCAAGCAUAUAUGAUCUGGAAUGGGGUACCCAUUUGCAUGCUCGGAUCAUCCGUAUGGAACCAAGUCUUGAUGUCUUCGCAGGUAGUGGACUGAUUGAUAUGUAUGUGAAAUGUGGACACUUGCAUUUUGCACGGCAGGUGUUUAACAACAUGACAGAACACAAUGCAGUUUCUUGGACUUCUUUGAUCAGUGGAGUUGUGCAGUCUGGACUUGAGGACGAAGCUUUAGUACUGUUUAACCAAAUGAGAAAGGCUCCUGUUUCCUUGGAUGAGUUUACUCUCGCAACAGUUCUUGGGGUUUGUUCAAGCCAAAAGCAUGUUUUAGUUGGGGAACAGCUCCAUGGAUAUACAAUCAAGGCUGGAAUGAUCUCUUCUAUUCCUGUAGGGAAUGCUCUUGUUACGAUGUAUGCAAAGUGUCAAAAUACUCAUAAAGCAAAUCAGACAUUUGAGUUGAUGCCAUUCAAAGAUAUAAUAUCAUGGACAGCAAUGAUCACGGCAUUUUCUCAAGUUGGUAAUGUUGAAAAAGCUCGAGAGUAUUUUGAUAAAAUGCCACAGCGGAAUGUCAUAACUUGGAAUUCAAUGUUAGCAACAUAUUUUCAAAAUGGUUUUUGGGAAGAAGGCCUAAAAUUGUAUAUUCUAAUGCGAAGGGUAGAGAUUAACCCUGAUUGGGUCACCUUAGUAACUUCAAUCAGUGCAUGUGCUGAUUUAGCAAUAUUAAAACUUGGGAUCCAAAUUAUAGCUCAAGCUGAAAAAAUAGGGCUUGGUUCUAAUGUUUCUGUCACAAAUAGUGUUGUUACUUUGUAUUCACGAUGUGGGCGAAUUGAAGUAGCAAAAAGAGUGUUUGACUCAAUAUGUGACAAAAAUUUGAUUUCUUGGAAUGCGAUUAUGGCAGGAUAUGCCCAAAAUGGUGAAGGUAGGAAAGUGAUUGAGAUUUUUGAGAAUAUGUUGAAAAUGGACUGCACACCUGAUCAUAUAAGUUAUGUAUCUGUUCUAUCAGGAUGUAGUCAUUCAGGGCUCAUAAUAGAGGGGAAACACUACUUCAGUUCCAUGACUGAAGAUUUUGGCAUCAAUCCAACAUGUGAGCAUUUUGCUUGUAUGGUAGAUCUACUUGGCCGGGCAGGGUUAUUAGAGGAGGCCAAGAAUUUGAUUGAUACAAUGCCCUUUAAGCCAAAUGCUGCUAUAUGGGGGGCUCUGCUUGGCGCAUGUCGGGUUCGUCGCAAUUUAAAGUUAGCAGAAGUUGCAGUGAGAAAUUUGCUUGAAUUAGAUAUAGAUGAUUCUGGGAGUUAUGUCCUUCUGGCUAAUACAUAUUCUGAUUGUGGACAAUUAGAAGCUUUUGCGGAUGUGAGAAAAGAGAUGAGAAAGAAAGGAAUUGAGAAAAAACCUGGUUGUAGCUGGAUAGAGGUUAAUAAUAGGGUACAUGUGUUCACUGUAGAUGACACCCAUCAUCCACAAAUGAAGGACAUUUAUAGAAUACUUGAUGAGAUUAUUAAGAAAUAG